UUAGCUUCUUCUCCUUCUUGCCUUUUAUCUUUAAUGUCAUUUAGUGUAUAAUAUUGUGUUUUUUCUUUCUGGGCAAAAACCCACCUAAAGUUUGGAAUCUUUGCGUUGUUUUAGGGGAUAAUGAGGUCAAAUUUUUUAUGGGUUUUGAUGUUUUCUGACCUAUAUUGGGGUAUUUUGAACUGCAUGUCUGGGUCUUGGGCAGUCAUUGGGUUCUGAGUUAAUGGGAGGUUUGUUGGGUUUCGAGCAUUUGAGCUUUCCUUGUCUGUCUUUUUGUUCUUCUAAGGAAUGGGCUUUCUGCAGCACUGUUUUUGGAGCUUUAUUUUGAUAAACUAUUCUGCGUUUUGGGUCUGUGGGGGUUGGGUUUCCUAGAGUUUUUCCUAUAGCAGAAGAUUUUUCUCCUCCUGGUUUUCCCCGUAGUGAAAAUUCUUUCAUUUGUUAGCUUCUCUUGGUUUUUCCCAUCUGACUUGUAAACCUGAAAUUUUCCUCUGCUUUUUUCUUUCUUUCAUUGGGAAUCGCUUCCAGGGGCCUUUGAUUCAAUUAAAAAUUUGUUCAAAUUCUUUCAAUUUUUUUUUCUUAAUUUUCUGGGCUUUUGGUGAUCUAAGUUUCUUUUCAUUUCUUUCCCAUGUAAUGAUUUGGAAAUAAAUUGGGCAUUGUGGCAAACAUAAAGUCAGUGAAAAAUCAGAGAAGUAGAAGUAACUCCAUGGAUUUUUUAACAGGAAACUCCAGAGCUUCUUGGCAGCCAGUCAUGACUGCCGAUACAACCACGUCAAGUUACUGGCUUAACUGGAGGGUACUGCUUUGCGGCAUAUGGAUCUUGAUGUCCACUGUCUUUGCUUCCUUUCUCAUAUGGAAAUACGAAGGUUUCCGCAAUUCACAACAUGAAAACAGAGAAUCCCAGAAUGACACUGCAGGAGCUUUGUAUGAGGAUGAAGUUUGGAAGCCAUGCCUGAAAGAAAUCCACCCUGUUUGGCUGCUGGCUUUCCGGGUCUUCGCAUUCUUUGUUCUUUUGGUACUGCUAAUCAUCAAUGCCAUUGUGGAUGGAGGGAGCAUAUUUUUCUUCUAUACUCAGUGGACUUUUACAUUGAUCACAAUUUAUUUUGGGCUUGGGUCGUUGCUCUCCAUGUAUGGAUGUUACCAGUAUCACAACAAAGUUGGUGGUGAAAGUGUUGAUGAUGCGGGUUUAGAUGCAGAGCAGGGCAGGGUGCAUGGAGAAAAUUUUAACUUGUCCAAUACAGCAAAAACUUCACAUUCCCAUGACAGACAACAUGUCCGCAAAGCUGCCGGAAUUUGGGCUUAUGUGUUUCAAAUUAUUUUCCAGAUGAAUGCAGGUGCAGUGAUGCUCACAGAUUGCGUGUUUUGGUUCAUAAUAGUUCCAUUUCUUACCAUCAAAGACUACAAUUUGAACUUUUUGAUUAUAAAUAUGCACACUAUCAAUGCUGUGUUCUUGUUUGGUGAUGCUGUUUUGAAUCGCUUGCGUUUCCCCUGGUUUCGGAUCGCAUACUUCUUUCUGUGGACAAUUGUUUUCGUUGUUUUCCAGUGGAUCGUCCAUGCUAUUGUCUCACUUUGGUGGCCAUAUCCAUUUCUCGACUUGUCAUCUCCUUUUUCUCCAUUAUGGUACUCGUCGGUAGCACUGAUGCAUAUCCCAUGCUAUGGCGUCUUUGCGUUGAUCAUGAAGCUGAAACACUUCCUUUUGGCUAAAUGGUUUCCUGAGUCCCAUCACAUGUGAGGUAACUCAGGCGAUUACCCGGUUUCAUGGUCCCUAUUAUUUGUGAAUUUUCUUCUUAGUAGCAACAACUCUAGCAUACAAGAGAAAGAAAGAUGCACACAGAUUAUUGUUUUAAGUCCCAAGUCAUAGAGAAAUGGUUCACAUUAUGGGAAAUGUAGUGAGUUUUGUUUUUGAAGAUAAACAAUGACAACAACAUUCUUAGUUGUUCAUAUAACCAUUCCCAAAGGAGUGGCAUAGUUGUAAUUACACACAAACUCAAGUUGAAAAAUGAAAAAAAAGAAAGAAAUCCACACAGAAAUUCUUCAUUUUA